GAAAACAUGAGUAGAAUACUUAGUACUAUCACCGGUGUAUUAGGACGAUUGUUCAGAAAUCUCUUACCAAGCUGGGGAGACCCAAUGCCACCUGAGUUACCCAAACCUUCCGAGCUACCAGAACCAGAAGAAGGGUCGGUGGAGAGAGAAAGCGACUAUAAGACCGCUUUAGCUUACCAAAAUACUGAUACAAGAUGUGAUGAGCAGAUAGACUUAAGAAAAACUGGUACGUAUGCAAUGGCAAGUCUGUGCUUCUUUCAAGAUGUAGCUAGAUAUCCUAGAAAAGCUGAAGACUUAUCGCCAGAGGAAGACUAUACAUGCUGGCCAAUAGGUCCAGGAGAAUUUAAAACAUUUACACACAUUAGCGUUAAUCCUAUCAACUUUAAUCUAAAAUACGGAAUUUAUCAUGUUUUCAUAGGAGGUCAGCCAGCAGGUCAAAAAUGCACAAGAACUUUUUAUUAUAAUCCUGCAGGAUAUUACACUCACCAUGACAUACAAAUGGCAAUAGAUCUAGGUCUUCACAUAGAAUUAUUCUCUGAAAGUCCUAAUGCUUUAAUAUUUGAGCCAAAUCAGCUUAUGCGCGGAGAUGAAAUUUUCUAUUAA